AUGCAGAUCUCCUUCUUGUCACUCGUUCAAUACUCGUUACUGUCUGCAUUGCCAUUGAUUAGGGCAACAAAAUGUACCAAGAUCCGCCUUUCGUCCGAGGAGAUCCUGAGUACAAGCAGUUCUAAGAUCGCCUCUACAACAACAGUUACUGUUAGAACAUCAACCACCACUUCUUCUUCGUCUUCUUCCUCGUCGUCUUCUUCCUCGUCAUCUUCUUCCUCACCAUCUUCGUUUUCUUCUACGGUUUCUUCUACGGCUUCUGUCUCAGCAUCUGGUGUUGCAACAUCAGCUAGUUCAACAUCCAGUUCCUCGAUAACUGCUGUUCCAACAUCUACUGUGUCAAUAUCCGUCACUCCAUCCUCUGCCAGUUCGGGAUUUACCACAGUUAUUGAUACUGAGCCAGUUUUCACGACCUUACCAACAAGCGUUUCGGGAGCUAGUACCACUUCUACAGAGGGGUCCGUGGCACCAGUAGUCACCAACAAGGCCUAUAUCGACACAGUGAUCCGCCACCACAAUGCGCAUCGUUUCAACCAUUCCGCACCUGCCGUGAGCUGGAGCUCCAGUCUCGCCGAGACGGCGCGGAUCAUAGCCUCAUCCUGCGUGUACGCGCACGACACCAGCGUCAACGGCGGGGGCUACGGCCAGAGUAUAGGCGCCGGGUUUCUGCCCACGUCCAUGGGCCAGUUCAUCACCGAGGGCCUCUACAACGGAGAGGUGAACGCGUACACGUACUAUGGGCGCGAACCACCGCUCACCGGCGCCGAAGUCGGGAAGUGGGGGCACUUUACCCAAAUCGUCUGGAGGAGCAGCAUCUUGAUCGGUUGCUAUACUAAUGACUGCUCGGCUACUGGGCUCAGGAACGCGGCUUUUACGCCGUAUUUUACUGUUUGCAACUACGGGCCACCUGGUAACGUUGGUGGUGCUUUCAAUGUCAAUGUCCAGCCUGGUACUGGUGCGCCCUCCAUAGAUGCUAGCUAUAGGUGCCCAAGUCGAGCUAACUGCGAGGAUACGGGCAGCUAG